UUGACGUUAUUUGACCUCACCAAAAAUUUUCUUUCUGUGAUAAUUUUGCUACAAUUUUAUGUUUUGUGACCGUGCGAUGUGGUUUUAGAAUUUAGAUGAUAUAAAAAUCCUAUGCUUAUUGGAUGAUUUAGGAUGUGCAUAGAGUGCAGUGUUGCGGCUGUGUUGUUUUAUUACUGUGGACAAUUUAUGCGUUAAUAUUAGUGCAAUUGAAUUAUAACAAUGCGUAUUGGUUUAGUGUUAUAUUGGUGCGUAUUUGUUCUUCAUCUGUGUAAAGCGGAUGAUGGGGAGAGGACAGAGUCCAGAGAGGGUCGGAGAGCUCAAUGGGGACCCAUGGUGAGGACCGGGUCCUUCAUGAGCGACUCCGCCGCGGCAGCGUCGAACGAACUCAUAUUGGUGGAAGCGUGCAACAACGACGCUCUGUGCCUGCAAGACCACGCGGGGCUCGAGGCCAUCACCCAGUUGCAUCGGCAACUCGACGACGACGCCAACGGCAACGUCGACCUCAGCGAGAGCGACGAUUUCCUCCGCGAAGAGCUGCAAUACGACAGCGGGUAUGAGAAGCGACAGCGCGCGUUCCACCACAACGAUGACAUGCACAUCUCCGUCAAGGAGCUGUGGGAGGCGUGGCUUCGGUCAGAGGUUCACAACUGGACGGUGGAGCAAACCGUGGAAUGGCUUUCGGAAUCUGUGGACCUGCCCCAGUACAAGGCGCAGUUUCUUCAACAUCGCGUCACUGGCGCCACCUUGCCUAGGUUGGCAGUGAACAACAUGCAGUACCUGAGCAAUGUCCUUGGCAUCAAGGACCCCAUACACAAGCAGAAACUGGCUCUCAAGGCGAUGGAUGUUGUGCUGUUUGGACCCCCGAAAGAAGGCAGUCGAUGGAAGGACUGGUUGCUCGCGUCUCUGCUGUUGGGCGCGGUGGUGGGCGGUUGGGCGGCGCUGCGUGCGGGGCGCGCCUCCCGCCACCAGGUGCAGAGGAUGCUGCGGGACAUGGAGCAGCUGAGGAAGGCUGAGAUGGCGCUGGAUGACAUGCAGAAGGAACUGGAGAAGGCACGAUUGGAACAGCAAAACGUGGCAACAGAAAAGAAGAAUCUGGAAGAGAAACUCCGUGAGGCCGGAGACACGCCACUGUUGAACUCCGCCUCGUCCGAUCUAGAAGUCUCGCAACUGAAAGCCGAAAUUGAGAUGCUCAGAGCUGAACUGCGCCGCGCGGAGGGUGAGCUGGAAGACAGGUGCUGGGCCCCGCCGCCGGGGCUGCAGCAGUGGUUGCAGCUGACGCACGAGGUGGAGAACAGGUCUUACUUGCGCAAGAAGCAGCAGGCCGACAUGCAGUUGCAACAGGCCAGGGAAGCGUGCGAGAAACUGCGUAAGAAACGCUCCAGUUUGGUCGGUGCCUUUGUAUCAACGCAUGGAAAAUCCAUAGAUGAUGUUGAUCGAUCCAUAGUGGAAGCAAGAACAGCGCUCAACGAGGUGACGCAAGAAUUACAGGAACGCAUGCACCGAUGGAAACAAAUAGAGCGCCUGUGUGGCUUCAACAUCAUAAACAACAACGGGCUACAGUUCCUAGAGAGCACAUUGUACAGGACGGCGAAUGGACGACAGGGUAGAGUCCGAAUGAGCAGCUCGCAAGACGACCUGAGCGUGGGCGAUGAUACUUCUCUAUGCGGCUCAGUGACAGAUAACUUUGGAUGGCGGGAGGAUUCAUCCGGUAGCGAGGCAGAUGCACCACACUACCCGCUCGAUCUGAGACUUGCUGAGGCUAGAUUCCAACUAGAAGAGCGCCUUGCUCAAGAGGCGCGUGACAACAGGACAGACGAGAGAAGUGGUGGGAGGGUGAACGAUAAGAGAGGCUCCGACGAGAGAAUUAGAGGGUCAUACAAUGAUGUGAGGAAGAGCCCCACUGAGGACAGGCGGCGUGACCCCGUGCACUUCAUAUUAGGUGGCGACAAUGUAAACUGGACGGGGGAAGACCUAACGCGCGCGGAGCUGUCGCGCGCCGCGCACUCGCAGUCGCAGCCGCAGCUGCGCGCCUCCAUGCGCAACAUCAGCGGCGCGCCGCAGCCUCCGCCCAGGAGGCCCCUCUCCUCGGGUCAAAUGCAACGAUCGCGCAGCACCGACAUCGUCCACAACCCGGACGACCCAAAGCCACCCCAAAGGCAACCAUUCACAAAGCAGAAAACCGUCGCAGAGGGUAACGAACACUCCGAAUCUCCCUCCAGCAACACCCCUCCCGAGGAGGAGUCGACAGACUCCUCCCUAAUGGACGACGAAGGGCUCCCCAAAGCGAGGAAGCGACGCAUCCACCUCCCCUUCGGUAAGAAGGCUAAAACACCGGCGUGACACCAUUCAGACUCCAUGCUGUUUUUUUCUAUGAUGUACAAGUUCCCAUAGGUAUCCCAUGUGUCAAAUGUAUGGAUAUUGAAUACAUGUAUUUAUCAUCGAAUGUCGAUUUGAAUUGAACUGGGUUUUGGGGUUUGUUUGGGAUGACAAUUUUGACAGCUCAUUUUGACAAGUGUUAAUAAUAUUAAUAAUCGAAUAGGUUAGAUUAUCGGACCUUGCUCACGAGAUUAUCGCCAUGUGGAAGGUUGAGUCAACUGUUUGGUCUUGUUAGUCGUUUCCUCAGACCAAUUAUAGAAGGACCAGUAUAGUAUCGCACCAAAAUUCACGAAUAAAAUUAUCUGUCAUUUUCUGAGGAAAACAAGCUUAUUUGGUUUGAAAGAGGUAAAUCGCCGAAUCCAGCUCGGCUGGGCAGCGUUUGGGAAACUCUGCGACAUAUUUUCGUCCGAAAUUCCUCAGUGCUUGAAGACGAAAAUCUUUGAUCAGUGCGUUUUGCCAGUGAUGGUACGGAUCCGAGACUUGGUCGCUAACUAUAGACCUUAUUAGAAGGCUCAGAGUCACUCAGCGGGCGAUGGAGCGAGCUAUGCUUGGAGUUUAUCUGCGUGAUCGAAUCAGAAAUGAGGAGAUCCGCAGACGAACCAAAGUCACUGACAUAGCUCAGCGAGUCGCGAAGCUGAAGUGGCAAUGGGCAGGUCACAUAGUUCGAAGAGUCGAUGGACGUUGGAGUCCCAAGGUGCUGGACACCGGAAAACACAGUGUUGGUUGACCCCUCACUAGGUGGUCCAAAGACAUCAAGCUGGUUGCUGGGAGCCGCUGAAUGCUGGAGGCUCGAGACCGUUGUGUUUGGAAGUCCAUGCAAGAGGCCUAUGUCCAGCAGUGGACGUCCAUCGGUUGAUAAUGUUGAUGAUGAAAUAAAACUCUACUACUAAGACUUCACCUUUACCUUGUGAAUAUAUUUUUAUUAUUCGAUCAGUAAAAUAUUUGUGAGUGUAAAUCAUUAAUUUGUAGAGAAUAAAGUUUUAAAUAUUUCAAAUUAGAUUUAAGUACCCAUAAUAAGGGAGAUGUCAAUUCAAACUGCAAUUUUAAUUUUAUUUAUAUUCUAACUUCUAACUUAAUUACUUAAAUUAAUUAUUAUUAUUAUUAUUGAUCGAGAUUUGGACGUUUUUGAAUCUUAUUUACGUAACCAUGACAUUGUGUGAAUUAUGUAUAUCAGGGUUUUAUUUUAAUAUUGUGACUAAAUAUUUUAUAUCAAUCACAAUUUAUUUCAAAUUUUUUUAUAUUUGAAACAGAUGUUUGCCUGUUUUCAUCGUUUAUUAGACAGGUGUUUUGAAAGACAAGAACUCGAAUAAUUUGUAUUUUAUUCAAGAUUCCGAUUUUAAAUACAUUUAUUUAGUAUCCGUGACUUAAAAUAUUUAAUACAUUUGCAUGAGAUUAAUUUUCAUGACAUUUAUGUCAUUAUUAAUGGAAUAUACUUGACCGUUGGUUGAUAAUAGAACUAAAUUAUUUUACAUUUUAUCAGAUAUUUUUAAUGUUGGCCUAACGUUUCGGUUAUAUUUUCAGAUCCUUUUACUUUUUCAUUAAAAAGACAUCUAAAUAACACAUCCUAUUCAAUAAAUUUACAUUCGGUUUAUGCCUUUUUAUAUUUUUAGCAAUUAAUUAAAAAUUAUUUAUGCUAUACCCUUUUGUUAACAUUGUAACCAAGCUGAAGUGUCAUAGAAGAACAAUAACAGUCCACUUUGGUCCUCAGACCAAUUAAAGAAGGACCAGUAUCGCACCCAAAUUCACGAACAAAAUCGAUUUCUGUCAUGAUUUCUGUCAUUUUCUGAGAAAAAAAUAUCUUAGAUUUGGUAUAUAUCUCAAACUAAACUAGAAACUUUUGACCGUUUUUUACACCAUUCUACUAGGAAAAGUAAUAUUAUGGAGCUCUUUAACCGACGAACAUGAUUACUGUAGAACAUCGAUACUCUGGAGACAGUUUUUAUAAUCGCAUUAGAUCGUUGAUCAUAUACUUUGACAGAAACAGAGGCAGGUCCUAUACUAUAAUUGGUCUGAGACUUUGGUCUGUGUUUUACCAUGCACAUACUUUCAAGUCAGCUUUCAGAUGACCUCGAGUCAAUUACUGAGUGACCUUCGAGUUGAUAGUAUUAAUAUUUUUUUUAAUUAGCUGAACUCGUUGGGCCAACGUGUAAAUCAACCAUUAUUAACGAUUCCUAUCAAGAUGCGAAGCAUUGAAUGCAUUUUAUAUGCGGUAAAGGAAAUUCGAAUUUACUACUCAACAUUUAAAGUCCAUAUUUGCAUGAAAGGAGUCAUGCUACCUACUUUCUUCUAAGUGGAACUCAGAGUUCUACUUUUUAGCAGUUUUAAGCAUUUUAGCUUAAAACUCUUUGGGAAUAUGGACUUUAAAUAUUGUGUGGACAGUUUAGUUUCCUUUACCUCAAGUAAAAUAUGUUGUAAUGUGACUCUCUUUUUUAUGUAAAUCAUGUAUAUUGAAUGAGUGAAGUGAUUUAGGUUUCCCCCACGAUAAUUAAUUUAUAUUGCACGUUUGCUUUUAUGGUGUUGAACAUUUUGAAUGCACCGAUUGAAAUUUUAUUUUUUACAAUUUGACGAACCAGAUUUCUGUAAUGUAAUUUUAUUUGUACUAUAUUUGUGGACUACCGAAUAGAUUAAAUAGAUUUUCAUUGUGUGAUCAAUUGUAGGUUGAUUUUUAAUAUUUAUUUUUUUUAAUUUAUUUUCUUUAAACCUCUGCUGUAGGCAAUCCGCAUAACAUAACUUAGUCGUCGCCUGCGGGGUAUAGGGGAGGGGGAGAGGCGAAGGCAUUGAAGGAGUGUAACAAGAAGGGGAGGGGACCAGCUGAGAUUGUGACGUCAUAUUUCAAAGACUAAUAUAUUUAAACACGUGAAUUAUUAGCGAUAAACUAUUACUAUACUAUUAACUGAUAGGGUAGAGAAUUCAAAGUGAAUUUCUGUGUCAGAAAGCCAUACAUACACAUUACAAUGCAUAACAUGUAUGUAUAUGUUUGUGUGGGUGUGUGCUUGCGUGUAUGUGUGUAGUGUCAUCAUCAUAUCAAAAUUAGGAUGUUGAAAAAUAUGUUGAAAGUAGGUUGCCUCAAAAAUUCUUGGUCAAACUAUCGUUAAUGAUAGUUAAUAAUGGUUUAGCUAGAAAAUUUUUAGGCAAUGUAUUUUUUAACUUUAGUACAAUUUGAUAUAAUUUUUCAUCCAAUAAACAGAUGGGUGAAGGUCGUUUCUAAUAUGCAUCUUAACUAAUAGCAUCUGUCGUUACACCCCUGACUCCCUGUACCGCGUAGGAACGGAAGGUUAUACGGUUUGCUUAUCUGUCUAUUUGUAUUUCUUGAAAGCUUUCUGGAAUGUUUUACUGAGUUUUAAUAUUUAUUUUGUGCUUUAAUAUGUUGAUUGUUGUGGAUACAUAUUUUUAAUGGACGGUGUUUAUAAAUAAAAAUAGGGUGCAUAUAAUUAUUUGUAGAUAAAACAAAUUGUAGAUGUGACGUCAUUCAAUGUCACAAAGUGACAUAAAUAAUAUGGGUCGGUUACGCCCACAGGCCAAUUACUUUCUGUUAUAGUCUGGUAAUUAUUGAUAACACUCCCAUGUUAUGCUAGCAACGGGCGGAAAGACUGCGUGGGUGUGAAAUCGUGCGUGCGGGGAAGUGUUGUGCAUCAGUGGAUUUUUCAUUCAUCGUUACACGCCCCCCGCCCCGCGCGCAUCAUCGGGUGUGUUACAAACGAAGUUGCCAUGCUGUAGAUUCACCAACAAAAUUGUCUGUCGUUUUUUGAGGGGGAUGAGGUAAAACACACAUCACACAUCGAAAAUAUUUAACACUAAUAAAUAUAUCCUGUGUCCUUACACUACACACAACUAUAAAUUUUAAAUCGCAAUACGCGCAUGUAAUUUUAACACAAUGAAACAUCGAUUGUAUAGACGCAAUUUAUAUGAACACGUUUGAUCAUGAUCAAAUAUUUGUAACCUUUAGCGAGGCAGGUCCUAUAGAAGGUAAUUGGUCUGAGGUUACACCACUUCAUAAAAUUGUCUGAUAGGUUAUUUGCAAGUUUUGUCUUUCAAAUCAAAUCCAAUCAAAAUUUAUUUAUUUCAAUUAAGUUUUGUUAUCAUUUGACAUAAAAUGAGAAAGUGACAAAACAUUAUCUAGCUAUCCGACACUUAUCAGAAGGACCCUAUAUUAACUACUAGAGUUCGGCCGCGCAGAGAUUGCGUUUCUGACAGAUCGUGAUCGAAUGAGCGAUGUAACAUGAGAGUGAGAGAGACAUAAACACUCUUUUAAAUGGUUUUAAAUAGUUAAUUAUCGUUCUACUAGAAUAAUUUUUUUUUUUUUCAUAUUUAUUUAGACGUAAUUACAUGAAACUUUUAUCUUUUAAAUUUGUUUUUAACAAUACGAGCCAAAACGCCUGUCGGCCAUGAUGGUCUAUAUUUCAAAUGUUUCAUGACGUCACUAUAACAAAUGCCUUACAAACGUUUGACAAAAAUAUUAGUCAAUUAUUUGACGUUUAGUAGAUCAAGUAACAUUGUGACGUCACAAAAUGCACGACAGCGUUUGACGUUUGGAUUUUUUUAAAUACAUGAUUUUUAACUUAAGUUAUAUGAGAUAUCCUUAUUAAUUAAUAUCAGAUCCAUAGUCCAUGUACCAUGCGAAAUUAAUAUUGUUUAUAUUAAAUUUGAUAUGAGUCAAGUACCCUAUUGUAAUUUAAUAUGUUUGUCCCUUUCGCACGACCUGUCAGCAACGCAAUCUCUGAGCGGCCGGACUUUAAUUUUAAUUUAAUUUGUAUAAGUAUAAUGCGGUUUCUACUCGUUUCAUUAUCCCUUAGUAAAUAAUCUAUUGGACAUGAUUAACGUUCAACUAAUCAAUCAAAUUGUCUAAAUAUUCAAAAAAUAAAAUAAAAAUAAUCAUUAUUAUAAUUAUAUCAUAACGAAAUUUAGAUAUAUUAUAGGAUUGUAUUUUUUUUAUAAUUGGCAGACUGUAAUUUAUGAUUACAUGAUACUAUCGAAAUUCUACUUAAAUUAGUAGUUAAUAUUAUAAAUAAAUAAUAAAACAAGCAAUAUUAUUAAUAGUUAGUAUUUCUAUAAUAAAACAUCCUAUAGUGAAGUAAGAUUAUAUAACACUAGUAAAUAUAUGCCCUUAAAGGUAUCUUAAAUAAAUUGUGUAAAAAAAUAAGAGAUGAGUGAGAACAUUAUACCAUAUGCGCUGUAACAUGGUGCGGGUGACAGUCUCUAUGACGUUCAUAAUAUGUACUAUUAUCGUGAAUCGCGGCACUCUUUUAAGAGUGAAACAAACUGUCACACGCACCAUGCUACAGCGUACGCACUGUAAAAAAAGUAAUCUUAAAUCAUCUAUGAUCAAGUAUUUGCUGCUUAGCCAUUCGACAAGAUUAAAUCGGUUGUGGUUUUUAUUAAAUUUUGUAUUUUCAAAUAUGUAUUCAAAAACUUGUAUUCAGUGUAUAAAAUGUAAUAUAACAUGCAAUUUAUACUACAUAUCGAGCUUUAGAAAGAGACUUGUUGACGCCGCUCGGUUUUACUCGCGUGGUUCCCGUUCCCGUAGGAAUACGGGCAUAAAAUAUAGCCUCUAGCUUUUCUUGAUAAAUGGACUAUCUAACACUGAAAAAAAUUUUCAAAUCGGUCCAGCAGUUCCUGAGGUUAGUUUUUCGUAUAGAAACCGAAAGGGGUGUGAAUUUUCAUCCUCCUAACAAGUUACUCCGUUUCCAUCUUAGGUUGCAUCAUCACUUACCAUCAGGUGAGAUUGUAGUCAAGUGUUAACUUGUAAAGAUAUACUUCGAUAAAUAAAAAUAAAUCAAAACGCUGUUUAAUUUUUUUUGGUGAGAAGUAUAUUUCGCGAAAGAAACUUCAAUGUACAUACAAUCUUAUGUAAGAGUAAGUCUGGGUUACAUGGAUUUUUUUUAUUAUUAUUGUAAGCAGUUUAAUUUUCACGGGACUUUUUGUAGGACUUAUGCCAUAGAAGAUAUGACUUCUUUUGCUACACAUGUAAUGUAUAAAAGAUAUUACAAAAAUACAAAAAAAAAAAAUUUUCUCUUUCUGAAGUGCGAUAUAUAUUAUUUAUUGUCGAAUAUUGUACCAUAUUUAUAACCAUAUCGCAUCAUUCCCUAUUUUUUCGUAGUAUGAUAGCGAUAUAAUUGCCCUGUAGAUUAUUAUAUAGAAUAAUUUUAAGACAAUCUGGUGCUAAACGAAUUAUCAGACUGAUUCGCGGAUGGCUCAAGUUGUUUGUACUAAAUUAUUCGACGCAAAAUCAAAAAUGUUGGUUGUAAUAACUUGAUGCCGUCUCCUAAAUGCAUGUUGUAUAUUGUACUUACAUAAUCAAAGUCCUCCGAUACGGUUGCAUAUGAAUUAUGGCAAUAAUAUGUGUAUAUUGGUUUAUACUACUGCAGGCCAAUUCACUAACUUUGACGUUAUUCAUGUACAUAUACGAAAGGAGAAACCUAGUCGCCAUAAGUCAUCAGGCCCACUUAUAUAAAUGACACAGAGCUGAAAAUCGGCCUUAAAUUAGGACAAUUAAUAAUAAUAAUAAUAAUAAUAGCCUUUAUUUCCAAGUAAUUACAAAAAACAUAUAAUAAAAAUAUAACAUUUAAUUUCAAUAAUUAUUAAACAUGUCAAUUCUUAAUUUGAUUAAUAUUAAUUUCAAAGAAAAAUGUUUGUGUCAGAAAGAAAAUUCUCAGUCAUUAUUCAUUAUCAUUUCGUCAAUUUUUAUUUUUUAAUAUUUAUAUUGUCAUAUUUAUUCUUGAAACGCCCAUUUUUGGGCAUAGGCCUCCUCCAUUUUUUUUCCAUCUGUCCCUGUCUCUCGCCAAUCUGGUCCAAAUAGUCCCCGCUGUGUCGACGAUGUCGUCGCGCCAGCGUCGAAAUUAGGACAAUUAAGGAGAACUAAUGAGGCCAAUUUUUAAAAGAUUAUUAUCUAUAUUUGCCUUAACCCUUAAAUUACUUGUUACAGGUGGGCAAUUUUGACAUAAAAUUGAUUGCAGUACCUGUUUUAACUGUCAGGUGAUAUUUAAUAAGGAUUUGACAUUAAAUUGACAAUGAAAUCUCAUUCAUUGACUUUGACACUGACAACAUGCGUUUGCAAAGAUCAGUGAAAUAUGCAUCAAAAUAAAAUAAUGAAAUCAGUUUAUUUUCCCUGUUGGCAACUAAUAUUUCGGCUAAGGUUGUAAUGGAGUAAUCUAGUAAAAUAUACAAGAUUUUUAGUAGAUUUUUCAUAUCUGUAUCGUUCUGAAAAGUGGGCCCAAUUUCGGACAUCUCCUUUAUUCAAUAUUGAGAUUACAGGUAAAAUGUGUCUAAAUGGCUAUCAUAAAGUAGGUACUAAGAUGAUUUUGCUCUAUUGACAUUGUGAUUUUCGUUAAUGGGCUUUACGGAAUACAAAAAAUGCGAUUGUUAUUGAUUUAAUGUUAAUUAUAUUAGGUGACUAACAUACGUGAAAUUUAGUGAAUUGGCCGGCUGCGAAUCCACACUUAUACCAUUUUAUGAAGGUUGAAAGUUUGCCAACUCCAGUUUCGAAAUAACUCCUUUCUAAGUUAGAGGCUGGUUGCUCCCGUGAUUUAAUUAUCACUAGCUGAUGCCACGCGAUUUCAUCCACGUAGUUCCCGUUCCCGUAGGAAUACGGGGAUCAAAUAUACCCUCUAGCAUUCGGGGAUAGUGUAGCUUCCCAACAGUGAAAAAAUUUUUCAAAUCGGUUCAGUAGUUUCGGAGCCAAUUCAAUGCAAACUAUCAAAUCUUCCCUCUUUAUUUCUAAGUAGUAUAAACCAAGAUUUUGAAGUCUCGGAAAUUUUGCUAUAUUGUAUUUUACAGUACUUAAACACCCAUUUAUGUAGCACCUUAAAGUAAGGCUAGUGAUAGUGCUAUCGGAAAACUACACAACUGAUUCCGCAGCUGCGAUUAUCGAGGGUUGCCAAUAAGGAUUUCAUUUCGAAUAAGUUUGCACUAUCAAUUAUAAAACAAAAAGAGUACGUGAAUAUACUUUUUCACUACGUUUUAUUUUUGUGGGUUGAUUUUUACAAAUAUUAUUUAAUAAUAAUAAUUAAAAAAACUAUCAAAGAAAUAUAGAUUAAUUUAUUUAAUUUUUUACUGUCUGUCGACACAUUAAUAACCAUUUGCAUGGAUUAUUUUCACUUAUCAACGACGAAUAGGUAAUGGAGACACUAAAAAAUCAGUCUCUGAAUAUAGGUGUUGAAACUAAUAAAUUAAAAGUAGUUACUUUAUAUCGACACAUUAUCUUGUUAUAUUUUUAAUAUAUACAGGUUUACUUAAUUUGCACCAAACGUGGCAACCCUAAUUACUACAGGGGAGAGAGAGGAGCAAUGCGGCAGGCGCGCAUUAUUGACUGAUGUACGUUUUGCCCAAUGUACCCCUAAUUCCCCUUUGUAACGCGCGUUAGAGGACUCCGUUAUGAGGUUUUUCUCCAUAUAGAUAAAAGUUGGAUGAACUUCUUUCUGCAUACAGUCUGUCGAAAUUGACUUUUCACUGGUUUUACUUUAAAUAUAUUUAUGAAAAAUUUAUUUAUACGAGUACAAAUUGCGCCGGUAUAAUUUUGCGCCAUGCGGCUCGAUUUUAGUUCAAAAUAGCCCAAUUUAAUAAACACUUAUAUACUUACUUAUUUUAAUAGUUAUUAUUCAUUAUGAAAUUUUUAGCUUUUAAUUGAAGUCACAAAACUGCAAAUAUGUCGCAGUGUUAUAGACAAUAUUCACGGAUUGCGUUGAGUCUGUGACUAUCAAAUGACUCAAGUUUGCCGACCAUUUCCCGCCUUUUUGUAAAUAAAAGAGAAAAGUCCACUGUCGUUUUGUUUCUAUUAAGACAAAAAAAACAAGCUGAUCUUGGGACUUGCUUUGAAACAAAUGCAAAAGACUUUAAUAUCAAUCCAGUUUUGUAUGUUUCCAAGUUAUCAAAUUACAGUGUGACUUUUAAAUUUUUGUUCAAUAGCCUUUUGACUUCCUUUGUAUGAGUAAAAUAAACUUCAUUUGUAAAAUGUAUAUUUGGAAAAGGAAUAAUUGGCUAAUUGACAUUUUUAACGAUAAAUUAAUGAAAUUGAUCCAGAUUUAAAUAAAUUGUAAAUAUUGUAUUUUUUUAAAACAAAAUUUGAGAUUUUUAUCUGUGGCUUACAACAAUUGAAGCAGCUUUAGUCACAAGAUAAGUGUCAGCUGUAUUAAAUUUAAUAACAUUUAGUAACACGCUUAAAGGUGUCUACAGAAGACAUAUCUGUAAUGUCCUUUUCAUGAAACCUGAACUAAAAUUUACAGCGCCUUACACAAAUGAUAAUAAGACCGCCAUCCGCCAUUACCAAAUGACAAUGAGCACCAUUAAGACAUUAACGUCGCGUCUGGGGGACUUUUUCAUGUAAAGGAUUUUAGGUCUCUAGCUACCUGCUGAGCAGUGUGGAUAGAGGCUGUCUGUGGAUGUCUGCCACGCUACUUGUCUGUGACGCACUGUGUUUGUAGAUAUAAACGGACCUUUAGAGUUAAAGCGUCGUAGUUAACUUUUUUUGUUAAUAUAAAAUAUGACGUCACAGCUCACACGUCACGUGACCAUUUUUUUGUGCUAAUUUCAAAUUAAUCGAUAAAAAUCGUUUAAAUUUUAUAUUUUAUAGACCUAUAGAUAGUAGACUUAUAGUAGAGUAGACUUAUUUUCUGACCAAAUUUAAAAAUGUUUUCCAAAAACUGUCAAGUAGCCAAUUACAAUGUCAUUAGGAUGUGGUCGGUAAAAGUGAGUCUUGUACUAUUAAAUAGAUAAUUUGUAAUUUAUGAUCACGUGAAAGCUGUAAAGGAACCCCCAGAUCUGACAGUUGUGUAAAAAAGACAAAUCGUGAUAAAAAAAAAUGUUGUUAUAAAAGUUAAUAAAUUGAACUAAAAACA